CCCCGAUGAGGCAGGCGCGUUUAUCUGAUGAACGACUCCGCAUUGACAGUGUUCAGAACAAUGGCAGUCAUGUUUGAUAUCCUACUGUUGGGGACAAUCUGGGUGUCUCGUGGUCUUUGUGGAGGUAUAACGCUUGAACCAGUCAAUGCAUCCACCAUUCGUGGACACCAGUUCAACUUCACGUGUGACGUGUCGACGGACAUCGAGGAGGGUUUGGUGAUCUUCAAGGGGGAGAGGUCCCAGUCCCCUGUCUGCCGUGUGUUUGUUGAUACAGGGAGACAGGCCACGGAGAACGCCAGGUACCUGUGUUCACGCGAAGACGGACAACCACACACGUACUCUCUGACCAUCAGGAAUGUGUCAGUAGAACACCAUGCUCCCUGGACUUGUCAGUACUCUACAAGCAGAAGCAACACCGUAGCUUUGAAUGUCAAGUAUCCACCUGCGGUUGCUAUAGCUCCUGUCGACUCACAGUUGGGGUUCGUAUAUUUACUUGGUGAUAACAAUGCAUCCUUGACCUGUGAUGUGACGUCAGCUAACCCCUUGUUGUCAGUCUUUACCUGGUACCAUAGGGGGCACCUUGUGGGCAGAGAUCGGAUCUACACUAUCCCCACAGUGUACAAGUCUAGCUCCGGGCAGUACAGAUGUGUUGCUGACAAUGGCGUAUCACCGCCCGGAGAAGACAGUGUUAUAGUUGACGUUCAUUAUGCGCCAACUGUGAAUAUAACACUCGUGGAACCCUGCACAGAAUACAUUUUCCUCCUUGGCGAAAAGAAUGUCAUUUUGGCGGAUUGUUCAGUCACAGCAGCCAACCCUUCCCCAAAUAAUUAUACCUGGUACCAUGGGGGGAACACUGUUGGCAGAGAUCGGAUCUACACUAUACCCACAGUGUACAGGUCUAGCUCCGGGCAGUACAGAUGUGUUGCUGACAAUGGCGUACCCCCACCUGGAGAAGACAGUGUUACAGUUGACGUUCAUUAUCCACCAGCCGUUCACAUCGACGGUAGCUUGAAAGUGGUCAACGAAUCAGAAGAUUUGAUCAUCCACUGUACAGUGGAUGCAAACCCGGAAGUGACGUCAAUAGUUUGGAGAAAAGAAGGAGUAGGCGCGAGGAUGUCUGAAUAUGGGACUCUUCAUCUGAAGAACGUUAAGAAGACUGAUGCAGGAGAAUAUGUCUGCACAGCCACCAACACUGUCACAAGAUGUAGUGGAACACGACAGAUGAAACAGUCGUCUCGAACUGUUACAGUUCAUGUGUUAUCAACAACCCCCUACCUCCUUAUUGGCGCGGCAGCAGCAGCAGCUGGGUGUGUGGUGCUCAUCGGCGUCGUCGUGGUGUUCCUGUGUGUUAGAAGUAGUAACAGAAGAAGAAGAAGGAGAAGAAGACAUCACAGAGAGAAAGAUGCAACAUUAAUAGCUGCUGACGACAAUGCCUUCAGCAGUCUGAACCAACCUAUGCCAGAGUUAUCCUCAGGGGCAACAACACAAGCUGAAUCCAUACAGGACGGCGCCUACAGCGCUGUGACAGACCGACCCGUCACAGAUCAGCACUACACAGAAAUAUCCUUCCCGGCGACAACACAAGCUGGUUCAACUCAGGACGGCGCCUACAGCGCUCUGACAGACCGACCCGUCACAGAUCAGAAAUACACAGAGUUAUCCUUCCAGGCAACAACUCAAGAUGGUUCAACUCAGGACGGCGCCUACAGCGCUCCAACACACCGACCCGUCACAGAUCAGAACUAUCUAUGCCCCAUACCCGGGCCUCGUUCUUCUGAUGCCAUACCAGAUACAACUAUAGACCGACCCAUCACAGAUCAGGACUAUCUAUGCCCCAUACCCGGGCCUCCGUCUUCUGAUGCCAUACCAGAUGCCACUGUAGACCGACCCAUCACAGAUCAGAACUAUCUAUGCCCCAUACCCGGGCCUCCGUCUUCUGAUGCCAUACCAGAUACAACUAUAGACCGACCCAUCACAGAUCAGAACUAUCUAUCUCUCAUACCCGGGCCUCCGUCUUCUGAUGCCAUACCAGAUACAACUAUAGACCAACCCAUCACAGAUCAGAACUAUCUAUGCCCCAUACCCGGGCCUCCGUCUUCUGAUGCCAUACUAGAUACAACUAUAGACCGACCCAUCACAGAUCAGAACUAUCUAUGCCCCAUACCCGGGCCUCCGUCUUCUGAUGCCAUACCAGAUGCCACUGUAGACCGACCCAUCACAGAUCACUACUACACAGAGAUAACCCUACAGGCAACAACUCAAGAUGGUUCAACUCAGGACGGCGCCUACAGCGCUCUGACAGACCGGCCCAUCACAGAUCAGAACUAUCUAUGCCCCAUACCCGGGCCUCGUUCAUCUGAUGCCAUACCAGAUGCUACUGUAGGUUACCCCAAUAGUGCAGGCAAUGAAAGGCAUUAUGAGAUCCCAUCUCUGCCUAAGACAGGAUGAUUGUUUGUUAUUUAGUCUUGGAGGGAUAGCGAAAGUGAUUGAGUCGUCUUUUGCACCAUAACAAUUACACACUGAGCAGAAGUCCGCCAGCCAGGCCAUACUUGGGUUGUAGACCAGGGUGGCAGGGAGCCGAUUGACAUGAAGACAAACUGUCUAAUAUGUGGAACAGUGCGGAUUAUGUUACCAAUAAUGGCACAGGUGUAAGUGAAGUUCUUUUAAGUAAUUAUCAAUGAGCAUUAUAGCAGUUGUUCCAUCGUUUUAUUUUUUUUCUUCUUAUUUUCGAGGUUAAAUCUUAACUCACUCACUCACUUUUUUUGGAGGUCCAUAGGAACGUUUCGUGUUUAACGCCGCACUCAGCAAUAUUCCAGCUUCAUGACGGCGGUCUGUAAAUAAUCGAGUCUGGACCAGACAAUCUAGUGAUUAACAUCAUGAGAAUCGAUCCACGCAGUUUGGAUACUAUGACGUGCAUCAACAAGUCAGCGAGCCUGACCACCCGAUCCCGUACGUCGCGUCCUUCGACGUCAUAGUCGCCUUUUACGGAAAACAUGGGUUGCUGAAGACAUAUUCUAUCCCGGAUGUUAACGGGACCCGUAGGAACGUGACGCUACAGGAAGACAUCGUUCAUGACGUCAUGACGUUUCUUAUGCGACGUCGUUUCAACAAUAGCGUUAGUAAGCUCAUGUCUCCAUUUGAGAUCAGGAAAUCCACAUUUUCUACAAUUUCUCAGAAAAAAGACUUUGUACUAUAAGGAGCACUGUUCUCACAUCUUUGCAUCACGGGAUAUCGCAUGUAUAAAUGUCAAAGGUGACCUGCCAAGGCCCGAAACUAAAUUCCUUGAGCCUGAGUCGCCUGGCCACUGAUGACGUCACUGCCAGGAAUCGAUUCCAGAGAUGCAAAAUACGCAAGUACCGGUCGUCAUUGGGUGUAGUUACCCUGGGUCAGCCUGUCCGUAGCCUGUCUGAUGUCCGCCCGGUCUGCAUCAGGUUAAUUAGUAACACGAGAGCAGCCAACGGUUCCAGCAAUGUGGACAUAAGUGGCUCCCAUCUGCAUCAUGCCCAGGGUCCACUCGCAUUAUUCGGGUGUGUUUCAGUAUCAUGCUGUCCGCAUCAUUUAUACUCUUAUUGCAGGUGUAGUUUCGGCUGUUCAAGCGGCAUGUGUUUUUUCACAUUCUCGCAUUUUCUAUGAAAAAAAAACGUGCCGUGGACGUGUAUGACUUUCUGCAUAGAGCAUUGAUGUGUUUAGACGAUGUGUUGUUCAUUGAUUUGGUUUGACCUUGUCUUUUCAAAUUUUUGCAUUUUCAUUUUUAAAGUGGUACAGUUUCUUUUGUUCUUAGGUAUAUCUGAAUUUCAAUUUGAAGAUAACAAGGAUAACCAAGAUCUACGAAAUACUUACACCCUUUGAAAAAGUGUUAUGACAUAAUGACCUAUGUUAUCAUAAUAUCAUCACAGUCUAUGUUAUAUUGUCAUCAUGGCCAUUUUACUUUGUCGCGGUGUUAUCAUAUUAUCACCACGACCUUGUUAUCAUAUUAUCACCACGACCUUGUUAUCAUAUUAUCAUGACGAUCAUGUAGUAUUAUCAGCACAGCCUAUGUUAUAUUAUCAUGACGAUCAUGUAGUAUUAUCAGCACAGCCUAUGUUAUAUUAUUAGCACGAUCUAUUCUAUUACAUUAUCAUCACAGCCUAUGCUAUCACAUUAUCAACACGGCCUAUGUUAUCAUAUUAGGCAAUAAUUUUUCACAUUACCCGCACCGCCUAUAUUAUAUUAUCAGCACGGCCUAUGCUAUAUUAUCAGCACGACCUUGUUAUCAUAUUAUUACGGCCUAUGUUAUAUUAUCAGCACGGCCUAUGCUGUAUUAUCAGCACGACCUUGUUAUCAUAUUAUUACGGCCUAUGUUAUAUUAUCAGCACGGCCUAUGCUGUAUUAUCAGCACGACCUUGUUAUCAUAUUAUUACGGCCUAUGUUAUAUUAUCAGCACGGCCUAUGCUGUAUUAUCAGCACGUCCUUGUUAUCAUAUUAUUACGACCUAUGUUAUAUUAUCAGCACGGCCUAUGCUGUAUUAUCAGCACGACCUUGUUAUCAUAUUAUUACGGCCUAUGUUAUAUUAUCAGCACGACUAUGUUAUCACUUUACCAACACGACCAAUGUUAUAGUAUCGCAAGCACGGCCUAUGUUAUAUUAUCAGCAUGGCCUAUGUUUAUAUCCUAUGUUAUAUUAUCAGCGCCACUGUGUUAUCACUUUACCAGCACGACCAAUUUUAUAUUAUCAUUAUGUUACCAGCACGGUCUUUGUUAUCACAUUAUCAGCUCGACAUGUGUUAUAUUAUCAGCAUAGGCUAUGUUAAUAGCCUAUGUUAAAGUAUCAUCACGGCCUAUGUUAUCACAUUAUCAGCUCGGUCAAUGUUAUCAUAUUAUCAGCUCGGCCAAUGGUAUCAUAUUAUCAGCGCGGCCAAUGUUAUAUUAUCAACACGAUCUAUGUUAUCACGUUAUCAUCACAGCCGAUGCUAUAACAUGAUCAACACGGCCAAUGUUAUCACAUUACCCGCACGGCCUGUGUUAUAUUAUCAUCAGAGCACAUGUUAUCACAUUAUCAGCACGGCGGUGUUCAUGUGACUCUUUUUGUUUGUGUAGCAGUAGGAUGGAGGAGGUGAAGGAUGCCUGGCCGCAUAUUCAUCUGCUACAGUGACCUGUAACAAUAGAAAAUUAAUAAUCAUGGUUAUACCAGUGAGUGAGUGAGUGAGUGAGUAGGGUUUAAAGCCGCUUUUAACAGUAUUCCAGUUAUAUCAAGGCGUGUCAGCUUAAUGUGGGAGAAAAGCUCGAAGUGAUGCAGGUCUCAGACGUUUACCACUUCGGUGAAACCCACGAGCACGGGUAUGGUGCUGACAAACCUAGAAACAUAAUUGCGGGAAACAGGGAUUCGAACCCACAAACAUAGUAUACCAGAUGUGAUUGUUGGUAAUUGUGUACAUAAUGUUUGACUCUUUGUUGAUUGUUUGUGUAAUAAUUAUCCAAAUCUGUUUUUUUUGUUUAUUACUGCAGUAUUUAUUGAUUUUGCAUUAUGAAAAUGAAUAACCACAUUUUGCGCAUCCUUAUAUUAACCGGUACAGCCUGUCAUAUAUUGCAUGAAGUCACGUAAAAUCUCGUUUAUCCACAGCGCAGUAUUCAGAGAGAAAGCGCCCUGUUUUUUUCCGAAUAAACUUAAACUUAUACUUGUAAGUAGUUUUUUUUAAAGAGAUGUUACUGCACGUCAUGUUUUUCUAAACACUUGCCAUUUUUAUACUCAUCUCACAGAUGUGUAUCAUGCUCAUGUCAUUCUAAGCUGAAAUAAACAGUAGGAACGUGACGCUACAGGAAGACAUCGUUCAUGACGUCAUGACGUUUCUUAUGCGACGUCGUUUCAACAAUAGCGUUAGUGAGCUCAUGUCUCCAUUUGAGACCAGGAAAUCCACAUUUUCUACAAUUUCUCAGAAAAAAGACUUUGUACUAUAAGGAGCACUGUUCUCACAUCUUUGCAUCACGGGAUAUCGCAUGUAUAAAUGUCAAAGGUGACUUGCCAAGGCCCGAAACUAAAUUCCUUGAGCCUGAGUCGCCUGGCCACUGAUGACGUCACUGCCAGGAAUCGAUUCCAGAGAUGCAAAAUACGCAAGUACCGGUCGUUAUUGGGUGUAGUUACCCUGGGUCAGCCUGUCCGUAGCCUGUCUGAUGUCCGCCCGGUCUGCAUCAGGUUAAUUAGUAAAACGAGAGCAGCCAACGGUUCCAGCAAUGUGGACAUAAGUGGCUCCCAUCUGCAUCAUGCCCAGGGUCCACUCGCAUUAUUCGGGUGUGUUUCAGUAUCAGAGUGAGUGCCUAUCAUGCUGUCCGCAUCAUUCAUACUCUUAUUGCAGGUGUAGUUUCGGCUGUUCAAGCGGCAUGUAUUUUUUCACAUUCUCGCAUUUUCUAU